AUGAUUCAAGCUCGCAGAUGCGGUCGCUGCUGCCCGACGGUCGAACAGGAGCUUCGGCUGGACGGGCACACACCGUUGCUCGCGAUGGUAAGCAAAGCAUUGAUGGAAAUCGUUUCGUCUUCACAAUAUCUUGGUUGUGAAUUGUGUGUGGCUCUCGCAGGCGGCCUUCAUCGACGAUUCCGGUGCUCUGAGUCUGCUGGGGCUUGCGGCCGUCCGCAUUGUAGUCUUUCGGCUGGUCAGCAGCCAGGUGCCCCGGCCCUACAUGGAUGAGAUCUUCCACGUGCCGCAAGCACAGCACUACUGCAUGGGCAGCUUCAGCCAAUGGGACCCCAAGAUCACCACCUUCCCAGGCCUCUACCUCAUCGCCGCUUCCUUGUCGCCCGCAUUCCGGCUCAUGAACUACAUGGGCGGCGCGGCAGACGACAGCCCCUUUGAUUCGGUGGUGUGUUCGACCGGCCAGCUGAGGUCGGUGAAUGCCUAUGUGCUGGGCCCGCUGUGUGACCUCCUGGUGUUCUGCAUCCUCUCGCGCACCUAUGUUGUCAAGGGCGGCAGCGUGGCCCUCCGGCUGAUCCGCGUGGCCCUCUUCCCACCCCACUGGUUCUAUCAGCUGCUCUUCUACACCGACACGGCGGCCACGGCGACUCUGCUGCUCGCCUACUAUCUCUACCUGUCAGACCGGCCUCGUCUGAGCGGCCUGGCUGGCUCGGUGGCCGUCAUGUGCCGGCAGACCAAUGUGGUGUGGGUAGCGGGGAUGGCCGGCCUCAUUGCGUGGGACGCACUCACCGACGAAGAGAGGAGGGCGCUGCCGAUGUCUUUGCUGAGGAGGGGGAACGGGGGGGAGGGGGAAGGUUGGCCUUUGUGUAGGGUGCUGCAUCGGGUGUGGCUGCAUGCCGCUGUCUGUGCGGCGUUCCUCGCCUUUGUUGUCUUUGUGAAUGAGGGCAGCAUUGUGGUUGGGGACCGGUCGCAUCACAGGCCGGUGUUGCACUGGGCGCAGCUGCCUUACCUCUAUGCUUAUCUCGUGUGCUUCCUGCUGCCGCCUGUCGUGUGUGCAGCUGCCGGUGAAAUGAUAAUGGUUAAGAAGGAAGGCGGCAAGAAAGAAAUACCAGUGAGGACGACAGAGGCAUCAAAGGAUGCGACCAGGGUGCUUGUGUCGGUCAAGAGGGCUUUAUUCGCCUGUACAGUCUUUCUCGUGUGCUAUCUCUGUGUCCACCACGGCACCUGCAUCCACCCCUUUUUACUCGCCGACAACCGCCAUUUCGUUUUCUACCUGUGGCGGCGGCUUCUGCAGAAGCCUCUCGUCCGUCUGUACGCCCUGCCCCUCUCCCUCUCUGUCACGUCUCUAUUCUCUGCCUCCAUCUUCCCAUCGUCCUGUCGGCUAAUCGAAUGCAUGUGCUUUGCCGCGUGCUGCGUGCUGACUUUGGUGCCGGCUCAGCUGCUCGAGCUGCGGUACUUCAUGGUGCCUGCGAUGCUGGUGCUGAUGCACCAGCGGCCGCUGGGGAUGUGGGGCGAGGCUGGGGGGGUGGUGAUGCACGCGGCGCUGUGUGCGGCGCUGGUGGGCGUGUUUGCGUACCUGCCCUUUGUGUGGGGCGAUGGAACUGAGGCAAGAUUCAUGCUGUGACGUGACUGGCUCGCUCUAGCGCGAUCGCUUCCUGCCCUGCUGGUUGAUGAAGUGAUGUAAAAUACACACAGAGUAUGCAGUCGAUGACGAGUGCGUCAACACAAAC